GAGGGACUGUCUAGUUGCAAAGCAUGUUGGGUACCGUAGUCCUCUAACCCUGCUGCGCGCUGCAACUUCUUCGAUACUCCACACAUUCAGGCUGCCUGCAAUGGAUCAGUAUACAUGGUGAUGGAAUUCCCCACAACGCCAGACCUAGAAGACCCAGGCCCAGUGGGGCCUCCAGGGGGGCAGAAGCAGCCUGUGAAGUCCCACCUGCUGGCCUCCAGAGAGCUCCUGGUGGCCUCCCUGUAUAACCUGGCUCCCCUGCUGGACAGGACCCUGGCAUCCGGCCUGCUCUCCCAGGAGAACUACUUUGAGGUGGGGGCAGAGAGGACCCCUCAGGGCCGGGCACGCAGGCUGCUGGAGGUUGUCCAGGCUGAGAUGGACGAGGCUGGGGCCAGAGGCUUCAUGGAGUGCCUCGGGAGAUGCAAGCAGCACUACCCGCGCCUCCGAGCCUGGCUCAGAACUGAUGCAGAUAUUCAGCGUGGACCCACAGAGCGUCAACUGCAGGCCCAGCUCAGUGUCCUGUGUGGCCGGUUGGGGUUCUCUGUCCUGCCAGUCUCCCUGGAGCUGUUCUCUAAUGGCACCCUAACUCAGUUUGAACUGGACCAGGUCCAGGCAGCGCCCACAUCUUACCAGCAGACCCACCAGCUCCUGUCCGUCUGUCUGUCCAAGGGAGAGAGGGCCUGCUGUAGCUUCUACCAGGCACUGGGCAGCGAAGACCCACAGCUGGCCUCAGACAUCAGUGUGGAGGAUCCUGGGGUGUGUAGUACUCCUGUGGAAGUGAAGGAUGAUGGGUUAUGUAGUACUCACACUGCAGUUGAGACCAGACAGACUGAUGGGGAAGGUCUGUCUCUCCCAGACACCCACAUACUCUCGGAUGUGCUCCAGCAGGUGCUGUCCCUGCUGGCUGUGGCUCCAGGUGAGGGGGCCAGGCUGAAUGUGUGUGAGCUGGGGGUGGCAGUGGGUCUACCCAGGAGGACCGUCAGAGAGUGCCUGUUGGAGGAGGUUGAGGUGGGGGACAUCGUUCAGCUCAGGGCCCUGGUCACCCUCUUCCUCAGUAAGACCCAGGAUGCCUCUAGGCUGCUAAACAGGGUGGCAGAGUGCACAGCACAGCGGGUGCUGCUCUCUGAGAGGGGAUGUAUGUUACUGAAGCUGCUGUCUGUGGCUGAGGCCUUUCUCCGCACUGGGGACCACCUGCAAGCUGGGGACCACCUCUGUACUGUGGACCACCACCUGCGAGCUGGGGACCACAUAGACAAAGUGUGGAACAUCUUUAGCUUGGUCCUGUGGGACAGCAUGGCAGAGGCUCUGGAGGAUCCUGGGGCUGCAGUGGAAUCAUUGUGGGAACCUAGGGAUGCUGUCCGUCUGUUACGAGACAGUGAGAGAGUGGAGACAGAGCUUCUCCAGGAGUUGGAGGAAUGUUGGGCAGACGGGGGAACUGAGAGCCUGUUACAGAGUGUUACAGUACUAGCUCAGUUGCUACGUGAUCUCCACCCUCUUCAGGACAGUCUGCGCCUCUCCCCUCCUGAAGAGGGGGCUGUGUACCCCUGCCGCUCUCGCAGACUCCAUAGAGUCACCCGUUUCCAGGGCCUGCCUGCACGGGUCAUCCGCAAAGCACUGGGACACGGAGCUCCCUCCAAACACCCAGUCCCAGCUGGUCUCCCCAUCCAGUACAGAGAUCUCUGCCUCUGCAUCACACGUCUGCUGGACAGGGUGCACCCACAAGAAAGCACUACCUCCAUAGAUCUCUCCCAGGCUCCUAUUGCUACCAUCAGCCAGCACAUCUGCUCAACCCUGGCCCGGCCGGCGUUCGGCCCCCAGAGCUUUGAUGCUGGUGUGAGACACAGGGUUCUGUCUGUGGUAAAGUAUGACCCGGUCAGGUGGAGCCUGCUUAACUUACAGGAGCUGCAUAAAGACACUCUGUUGGGUCUGGAGAGCUACCUGAAGCCAGGGGAGCAUCACAGCUUCCAGCUUGUCCCAGAGAAAGUACGGAUCUUCGGAGGGCCAGAGAUACGCUGGGGAGAAAGGGUCAGGGGCCCAGUCGCCAUCGACAAUGGGAUAGAGGAAGUCCUCCAAUUUGUCACCUCCGAGCCAGCCUCCUUUCUUAUCAGUGUUAGCUGCCGCGGCUAUGACAGGGGCCAGUACUUUGAGGUACACGAGCCGCAGUGUGUGCGUGUGUCUGGACUGCAGGAGCAGGGGGUGGGCGAGGUGCAAGGUUUAGGGGGGACAGUGUUGGUUUUGGCAGUAGAGGGCGAGACAGUGUGGAUGAGAGAGGAGAGGCAGGGGAGGGCGUGCGGGACAGAGCUGGAGCAGGUGUCUCAGAGACACUCUGCCACACUACAGGACGGGGGCUGCUGCUUCAGGGUCACGACCCCAGGGACACGUUGCCAGGUCAAGUUCAUCUACAAGACAAGGAGGAUCUCUGCUGUGGCCGAGAGGGACUGUGAAGUUUUCUAAAACCCUAUUCGCACGGGACUAGUAUUAUUAUGGAACGUAGGUCAUGUAAUUAUUGCCCCAGCAUGUCCGUUUUACCCCAUGGACGAUUUGCACGGGACUAGUAUUAUUAUGGAACGUAGGUCAUGUAAUUAUUGCCCCAGCAUGUCCGGUUUACCCCAUGGACGAUUUGGACGGGACUAGUUUUACCAAACUGCCCCUGUAAAUGUUAUUUUUUUCUCAUUCAAAAUGUGACGUUAUGCCUGGAGGCUCUACUAUGGGCAUGAUGGUCUUCAGUUCAGAGAAAGUCAUAAUAAUAAUGCAUAUCAGUAAGAACCAUGAACUGUAACCUACACAGACACUUAAUUACCUGACGGAUCUGGCAAUUUAUCUUUUCAUUGGCACAAUAUCAUCCACUUCAUUUAAAAGAUAAGUUUGACUCUUUGAAAGUUGAUUUGUGAAGGAAAAAAACAGUUCAUUCAUCUGUAGUCUACGUGCAUAUAAUUUUGUUUUACGCAUCAAUUUGUUCCCAAAUUCUUACCCACACUGGGCGCAGUACCUGUUUAACUCAAAACACACGGAUGACAAUUCACACGGGAUUAGUAUUAUCAGAGUAGGUUUUAGGGGCUGGGAUAACAACCUUCCUGCCAAGUAAAAAUAACUGACAUGGCAGAUUCGGACAGGACUAAAAUGACAGAUGUGGUGAGUUGCGCUUGUGCACAUAAUUACAUUACCUGAGUUCCCCCGGUAAAACUAAUCCCAUCCGAAAUGGGCUGAAGUCUCACUUGGUGGGAUUUAAUACCAGAAGCAACAAGCUGGUAUUCAUGCAUAGAUUAUGGCACCCACAUGAUUGAAAAAGGUUCUUCAGCACCAGAACCAGAAAGCUGUCUUCACAUGUACAGCAUGAUGAGGUGUGGCGGACUCCAAUGUUAUUAAAUCCCAGCUAUAGAGCGAGACAUAGACCGUGUUCAUUUUCUCACUCACAAUCCUUGUUCAGUUAUUUAUCUAUCAACCUACACAGCAGCAUUAUGUUUUCUAUUUUUGUCCAACAAUGCACAGUACCUUAGCUGAUAUAGUUCAAUCAUAAUGUAAUUAAAAAAUUAAAUAGAAA